AUGCAGGUCGCACAGUGCGCGCUCGCAGACCAUAUACUUAGUGUGGACUCCUUAGUUAUUGUCCUUGGUGACUUUAACAAAGGAAACCUCACUCAUGAACUUCCUAAAUAUAGACAGUUUAUUAAAUGCCUGACCAAAGAGGAGAACAUUCUGGAUCACUUCUACACCACAGUCAGAGACGCUUGGCACGUCAUCCCUCGUGCAGCACUGGGCCAAUCCGAUCACAUCAUGGUUCACCUGAGUCCUGCUUACAGGCAGAAACUAAAGCUCUGCAAACCUGUAGUUAGGACUCUGAAGAACUGGACCAGUGAGGCUGUGGAGGAUCUUCAGGUGUGUUUGGAUUCUACUGACUGGGGCAUCUUCAGGGCUGCUACCAACAGUCCGGAUGAGUUCACAGAGGCUGUGACAUCAUAUAUCAGUUUCUCGUUUAAGGCAGCUGUAAAGCCUGCUUCUCUCUGUCAAAUACAGGGAAAUCCAGAAUUUCCUGUACUGUCUAAACAAGGAGAUGUGACGAUUGGAGGUGUUUUUUCUAUCCACAGGAAAAUCACACCACCCUCACUUUUCUUUACAGAGAGGCCGGCAAUAUCUAAUUGUACCAGUAUUGACUUAAGGGAGUUUCGAUUUGCCCAGACAAUGAUAUUUGCUAUUGAAGAAAUAAAUGGAAAUAAGGAUCUUCUUCCUAAUGUUGCUAUUGGAUAUCGCAUUUAUGACAACUGUGCAUCGACAAUAUCCUCAAGGCAUACAGUAAUGGCACUAAUGAAUGGGGAUGAGAUGACUUUGGAAGAUAGCUGCUCUGGACAAUCAGCAGUUCAUGCUAUUAUUGGAGAGUCUGAAUCUACUUCUACUAUUGUCCUUUCCCGCACCACUGGGCCAUUUCAAAUUCCAGUGAUAAGUCAUUCAGCUACUUGUGAGUGCUUGAGCAAUAGAAAGGAGUUUCCCUCUUUUUUUCGAACUAUUGCAAGUGAUCGCUAUCAAAGUGUUGCUCUUGCUCAGUUGGUCAAAUACUUUGGUUGGACCUGGGUCGGAGCAGUGAACAGCGACAGUGAUUAUGGCAACAAUGGGAUGGCCAUCUUUCUCUCUGCUGCACAAGAGGAAGGAGUGUGUGUGGAAUACACAGAGAAAUUUGACAGAGCAGAGCCAGAAAAACUCAAAAAAGUGGUGGAAGUGAUCAAGAAGAGCACUGCUCAGGUGAUUGUUGGAUUUCUUGCACAUGCAGAAAUGAAUAACCUGUUAGAGCAGUUGAGUUUCCACAACAUCACAGGCCGGCAGUUCAUUGGGGUGGAGGCGUGGAUCACUGCUGAAAGCCUUGUAACUCCUACUAGCUUUAGUGUGCUGGGAGGUGCAUUAGGAUUUGCAGUGCAAAAGGCCAACAUCAGCGGCUUGGACGAUUUUCUAGUUAGAGGUUUCUGGGAAACAGGAUUUAUGUGCAAUGACACAAAUACAGAGACAAGUUUAAAAACUUGCAAAACAAACCGGGAUUUCUUAGAGCUUAAAGAUAAUGACAACGAUGUAACAGAGCUAAGAUACUCCACUAAUAUCUACAAAGCCAUCUAUGCUGUAGCACAUGCUCUACAUAACAUCUUGAAGUGUUCAGAUCAUCAAGGAUGUAAGAAGCCUGUGGAGAUCAAGCCAUGGGAGGUAGUAGAGGCUUUAAAACAUGUGAACUUCACUACUAACAAUGGGGACAAAGUGUGGUUCGAUCCUACUGGAGCCGCUGUUGCCAGGUAUGAGGUGGUGAACUGGCAGCGUGGAGCAGAUCAUUCGGUUCAGUUUAAACCUGUUGGUUACUAUGAUGCUUCACUACCUUCUGGCAAGAAAUUUGUUCUUAACACAGAGGCUAUAAUGUGGCCAGGGGGAACUAAACAGUUACCUGUUUCAGUUUGUAGUGAAAGCUGUCAACCAGGAACCCAUAAAGUCCUCCAGAAAGGAAAACCUGUGUGCUGCUUUGAUUGCAUACCAUGUCCAGUUGGAGAAUUUAGCAACACCACAGGUACCACAUAUCUAAACAAUGAUACAGUCAUUUGUAAACUGUGUAAGGGUGGAUCAAAAGGAAUUGUAAUAAUAAAAAACAUAUUUUUUAUUACAGAUUCUAUUGACUGCAAAAAGUGUCCUGAAGCAUUCUGGUCCAAUCAGAACAGAGAUGCAUGUUUACCGAAAAACAUUGAGUUUCUCUCCUUCAUUGAGGUUAUGGGCAAAGUACUAGUAUUUUUCACUUUGCUAGGUGUUCUGCUAACUUUAAAAGUAGCCACACUGUUUUUAAUAAAUAAGGACACUCCACUAGUGAAAGCAAACAACUCUGAGCUGAGCUUCUUGUUGCUCUUCUCCUUGUCACUCUGUUUCUUGUGUUCUUUAACAUUUAUUGGCAAACCCACUGAGUGGUCCUGCAUGUUGCGACACACAGCAUUCGGCAUCACCUUCGUUCUUUGUAUCUCUUGUAUUCUUGGAAAAACAAUAGUGGUUCUAAUGGCCUUUAAAACAAAUCUUCCAGGUAAUAAUGUGAUGAAAUGGUUUGGGCCUGCACAGCAGAGACUCACUGUUUUGUUUUUCACUUUUAUACAGGUCAUUAUUUGCAUCCUGUGGUUAAGAAUAAAUCCCCCCUUUCCUUUAAAAAACAUGACAUACUACAUGGAAAAGAUCAUUCUUGAGUGUGCUCUGGGAUCACCUGUUGGGUUUUGGGCUGUUUUGGGAUACAUUGGACUUCUUGCCUUACUGUGUUUUGUCCUUGCUUUCUUGGCCAGAAAGUUGCCAGAUAGUUUCAAUGAGGCUAAACACAUCACCUUCAGUAUGUUGAUUUUCUGUGCAGUCUGGCUCACCUUCAUCCCAGCUUAUGUCAGCUCACCUGGGAAAUUUACUGUAGCUGUUGAGAUAUUUGCCAUUCUAGCAUCAAGUUACGGGAUACUAUUUUGUAUAUUUGCACCAAAAUGCUUUAUUCUUAUUCUGAAACCUGAGCUGAACACAAAGAAACACCUGCUGGGGAAAACACAAGGUUAAUCAGUUUACAUUGUACACAAUAUUUUCUCUCUCUUUUUAAAAAAAAUUUUUUUUUGCUCUUUAUUGUUGUUGAAGGUCUUAUUGCAAAAACUUGUAUUCUGUAAUUAAAAAAAGAAAAACAUGACGUCAUGUUAAAAUACACCAAUAAGUUGUGAACAAUGUGUUUCAAAUA